AUGGGAACCGUGUUUGAAAUCGAAUUGAAUGAUGGCGUUCAACCCAACCGACAAGAAGAGCCAUCCGAUGAGGAGAUGGAGGAGGAUGACGAAUAUAGCAACGUUGCUGACGUAUGUUUUUUAAUUUUUUUGUUGUGAAUUUAGGAAAGACAAUGUGGAUGCGAUUUCUUUUAAAAUUCAGGGGAAUCCCUGGCUUAUACUGGUUUUUGGGAUGUUGUAGUAGAUAGAGAGAUCGAUCAUCAGAAAUUUGAUGAUUUUUAGUAGAUAAUGGAGUGCUUUUGCAUUUCAUAGAUCAAUAGUGUUUUGUAUUUUUGGAAAAACAUAAAAAGUAAGGAAAAAUAUUACUUUUUAAGAAUUUAUGGAUAUUCUAGUAGGUACAGGUAUCAAACUUGAUGAUUUAUAUUUUUUUAUUUAAAAAAGGUUUUUUGUUGCUUUAAUAUAAUUUUAGACUAAUUAGUUUAUAUUUUAUUUUAUUUUGCUUCAUAAACGAUAUUUUAUUUAAGGGGGCCAUCACAGAACCUCCACCGAGCUCAUCUUAUAUUGAGGACCCAUCAGUCGAAGCUAUUGAACUUGAUCCAGCCGCCGUGAAUCCAAACUACAGAGUACAGCCCGAAGACUUUCAGUGCUUGAAGGUGUUGGGAAAAGGCGGAUAUGGAAAGGUAAGGCUUUUGAUUUUGUAUGCAGAAGAUUGGGAAGGAUCUUUUAUAUGAUUUUAAUGUCUAAUAUUGAUUGAUUUAGGUCUUUCAAGUUCGAAAAAUCACCGGACAUGACAGCGGCAAGGUGUUUGCGAUGAAAGUCCUGAAGAAAGCUCAUGUUGUUCGAAACCAAAAAGACACAGCUCACACAAAAGCCGAAAGAAACAUUUUGGAAGCCGUGAAGAACCCAUUUAUCUGCGACUUGAUGUACGCUUUCCAAACCAAAGGCAAAUUAUACUUGAUCUUGGAGUAUCUAAGUGGCGGUGAACUAUUUAUGCACCUGGAACGAGAGGGAAUCUUCUUGGAGGAAACUGCUUCAUUCUACUUGGCUGAGAUUGUUGUGGCAUUGGAACAUUUACAUGAACAGGGGAUCAUCUACAGAGAUUUGAAACCAGAGAAUAUUCUACUUGAUGCUACUGGUAGGUAUAGGGGAAUGGGAGAAAAGUUUGGUUUCAGGGGUUGAUAUGGGUAUCAAAAUGGUUUUUAUGGGUUGAAAAGUCAUUUUUAAGGUUUUUAGAACAUAAAGAUUUAUUUUUAAAUGAAAAUGGGUUUUUAAAAUUAAAAAAAUUGAGUAAUAAAAAUUUUUAACCUAUUCGACCUUUAGGACACGUCAAACUCACCGACUUUGGCCUAUGCAAAGAAGCCAUCGAAGGAGAUCAGAAAACCCACACUUUCUGCGGCACGAUCGAAUACAUGGCUCCAGAAGUCUUAAUGCGAUGUGGCCAUGGUCGCGCCGUCGACUGGUGGUCUCUCGGAGCCCUCACCUUUGACAUGCUCACAGGUGGCCCACCCUUCACAGCAGACAACCGCAAAAAGACGAUUGACAAAAUUUUGAAAGGACGCCUCACAUUGCCACCGUACCUCACUCCAGAAGCUCGUGACCUAGUCAAAAGGCUACUGAAAAGAAACGCCGAAGCUCGACUGGGAGCAAGUGCUGAUGAUGCCAAGGAGAUCAAAGCCCACCCAUUCUUCAGACAGUUGGACUGGGAACAGGUGUACCGAAGAGAGUUGGUACCACCUUUUAAUCCAGAGAUCAAGUCAGACGACGAUGCUUCUCUAUUCGAUACGAAGUUCACUAAAAUGACUCCAGUUGACUCGCCAUGUGACGCGUCCUCCAUUUCCAUGAGCAUCAAUCCCUUCGAAGGCUUCACUUAUGUUGCUCCGUCGAUUCUUAAAGAAUUCAUGCAACAGGAGCCAGAAGUGCCCACGGUUCGACCACGCUCUCCACGACGUCAUAUGCACGUGUCUACAGCGUAAGUUGGAUAGAAUGUUGAUAAGGAGGUUUAGAUUUAUAUUGUAGGAGAGGGAAAGUAGAAUGGAUUGGUUAAAAAUAGGAUAAAUGGGUUCCCAUGGCAUUCAUGAUGUUGUCGUAGAUGAUGUAGGUAUAGGGUUUAAACUUUGAUCAAUAUCUCUGAGAUUUCUUGAUGGAAUGAUAUGAUUUUUGGGGGAUAGUAAGAGGGAUAGUAUGUGCAUGUUGCGUAAAAAUUUAAUUGAUUUUUGAUGAGGGUACAAAAAGUUAUGGCAGUUUUUUGAAAAAUCUUUUGAAAAUUUUUUAAAAUUCGAAAUUUUAAAUUUUUUUUUCAAAUUUGGUUAACUUUGACAAUUUUUAUCAUCUGCCAUUUCAGUCAAAGCAGUUUCGCGAACAAUCAACAGCGCGCGGGCCCAUCGACGGGCACCCUCUUCCAAUCGGCUUCAAGCCAAAACCUCCAAGGCCAAAUGUUCAGCUCGGAGCCGAUGGACAUCUCCAACAACAAAGACCCAUUCCACCGAUAUUGA